UUUCAGGUUCCGCUCUAAAUAAUCUAACCGGGAGCUCUCUCUCUCUCACUCUCUCUUCCCUGCAAAAUAUUUCACUUCCAUAUUCAAUUGCCUUAACUAGGGUUUUCUCUCUCUACAUUUCCAUCCAAGUUAUCCCCUCCUCCUGCAAUUACUGUAUUAAACUUGGGGCUCUCUCCCUCUACAUUCGAGCUCCAUCAACAAUUACAGAAUUUGAAGAUGAUUGGGGUUUGAGGUGAUUUGAUCACAGAAACGAUGGUUUUGGUCUUAGCGCUAGGUGAUCUUCAUAUUCCUCAUAGGGCACCUGAUUUGCCUGCAAAAUUCAAGUCUAUGCUCGUUCCUGGGAAAAUACAGCACAUAAUUAGCCCUGGAAACCUCUGCAUCAAGGAAGUUCAUGAUUACUUAAAGAGCCUUUGCCCGGACCUGCACAUCACUCGAGGUGAAUAUGAUGAGGAUGCUCGCUACCCAGAGACCAAGACACUGACAAUCGGUCAGUUCAAACUUGGACUUUGCCAUGGGCAUCAGGUUAUUCCAUGGGGAGACCUAGACUCCUUAGCCAUGCUCCAAAGACAGCUGGAUGUUGAUAUCCUAGUUACUGGUCAUACUCAUCAAUUCAAGGCUUACAAGCAUGAGGGAGGAGUAGUUAUAAAUCCGGGUUCAGCUACUGGGGCUUAUAGCUCAAUUACAUAUGAUGUGAACCCCAGCUUUGUUCUCAUGGAUAUCGAUGGCCUUAGGGUUGUGGUGUAUGUUUAUGAACUCAUUGACGGAGAAGUUAAGGUUGACAAGAUUGAUUUCAAGAAGACAGCAACCACCCAUUAACUCGAUUAAAAAUACUUAUCAAGCACAUUCCAAUUCUCUGACAUUUGUGAGUGCUCUGGUUAUUGAGAAUUAGCAGUCAACAUGGUGUCCACCAUUUCUCUUUUCUUUUUUUCUUUUUUUCUUUUUUCUUUUUGCUUGUGGAACUUUACCUCUUGGUGUGGUCAGGUAGUACAGUUUGUGUUGGUUUAUAUUUCAAGUUUGAAAAGAAAAGGAAACUGUAUUUUUGUGGUUGUGUUUCUUGAAACAUUCUAUGUGGAAAUACUUGGAAAUGAAAGGAUACAAGAAAUGCUUUGGCCAUAA